GAAAGCUGAAACUAGACAGACGAGUUUGGAGCUUGUUCUUAGCCAUUAAAGCAACAUAAAGCUCACCAGCUUUCUGGACUUGUACUUACUGURUUUCCCACAGCUGAGCCUUGAGUGGCUCUUAAGGAUGCAAUAAYUCCUGCUACACUUUUAUCUGGCCUUUGCUGCAUGUGGAGAGUGGAUUAUCUUGGCUGUGCCCAGAACCUUUCUUGUAUCACAGUGAUACUACAAAGAUACUGCCACCACCAUGGAGGGGAUUGUGACCAUGUAUCAGGACUUCAUGAAGAAAGCAGACCCCCGCAUYGCUGAUUAUCCACUGAUGCAGUCCCCAUUCCUUGUGAUGGGCAUCCUUCUGGGAUACGUCUACUUUGUCCUAUCCUUGGGUCCCCGGCUAAUGGCCAACAGGAAGCCUUUAAACCUGAAGAAGUUCAUGGUGCUAUACAACUUCUUUCUGGUGGGACUCUCACUUUACAUAGUCUAUGAGUUCCUGAUGGCAGGGUGGCUUACUGGGUAUACCUGGCGAUGUGACCCUGUGGACUUCUCACAGGACCCCAAGGCUCUCCGGAUGGUCAGUGUUGCUUGGCUCUUUGUUUUCUCCAAGUUCAUCGAACUGACAGACACGGUGAUCUUUGUCCUGCGGAAGAAGAAUGAACAGGUCACAUUCCUGCACCUUUUCCACCACUCUGUUCUGCCUUGGAGCUGGUGGUGGGGAGCAAAGUUUGGUCCAGGGGGAAUGGGCUCAUUCCAUGCCAUGAUCAAUUCCAUGGUGCAUGUCGUCAUGUACUUCUACUAUGGGCUGUCAGCAGCAGGACCUGCCUUUCAGAAGUACCUGUGGUGGAAGAAGCACAUCACAGCCAUCCAGCUGGCACAGUUUGUGAUUGUCUCCGUCCACAUCUCCCAGUAUUACUUCAUGCCCAACUGCCAAUACCAGUUCCCCAUCUUCAUCCACCUUAUCUGGAUUUAUGGGACCAUCUUCUUCAUUCUCUUCUCCAACUUUUGGUACCAGUCCUACACCAAGGGCAAACGGUUGCCCAGGGCGGCUCAACAAGCAGCCCAACACAACGGUAGCAGCAUCCAUGAAAAUGGCACUGUCACCAAUGGCAAGGUCAAAGCCAACUAGAGGGCAAAGCGCUCCCAGAGCCAAUGAGAGCCCCGGGGCAGAGGCAGCUGGGACCUGUCCUUCUGCUCCUGGGUGCCACUAGCCAAGUCAAGUGCCUACAGACUGUUUUACCCCUGUGCCCAGUCCUGCUGUCCCCUGUCUGCAUGCUCAGCCCCUCUGCUCUGAGCAGCCUUGGGCCACUUCUGCUCCUUGGAGGGCUUGUGCUGUUUCUGAGUGUUGCUGAGCAGAGAGGCAGCUGCCUGCAUCACAGCUGUGGGGCUGCAGACCCAUUCCAGUGUUUCCAAAGGAACUUCCCCCAAGUGCCUACAUCUGGCCCUUCUGCCUAGGGGCUAUUUCCUUCUGAGUAGGACCAAAAGAAGAGACUGCUUCCUGUCCUGGUGCCCUCUCCUCUUCCCUGUCUCACAAGAGCCCAUGUGGAUGAGCAGGUKUGUCCCUGGCUGCUUCCCACUGCCAGCUCAUGUGUGAGUGCUCCUGCUCUACGAUGCCUUGUGCCACUUUGUUCCAUGCCACAGUGCUGCAUGUCCCUUCUGGUCCCUGUGUGCCCAGCUUGGGAGUCCUGCCCUGGCAUACUUGUGCCCAGGUGUGUCUGUGGAGAAUGUAGGGGCAGUACUUUUGGGACUUAAGGGYCCAGACCUGCCCAGUACAGCACACAGCCCUGUGCCUAGUACAUAGCAGGGACUGUUACAGCCUGAAAGGCUUCCCCCACAUGAUAGGCCCAGGUUGCCUUGCCGUUCUUGUGCCUGGGCUGGGUGCUCAGUGUGUGCUUAAGCCACACUUACCUGAUCCUCUAUGGCAGCUGGUGGCUUGCUCCAGCAUGAGAGAGACCAAGCUCAGCCUAGUCUUGGACCACUUCCAUUCCUACAAAUUCAAGACUUGAGCAAUAAGUGCCCCUAGAAUUAGCUCCUGGGCUCUCCUGCUUGGGACCAGCCCUGCUCUGGCCUAGCAUGAGCACAGCAGAGGGUGKUUUUAGUGUGCUUGGCUGUGGAGUAGCAGUGAGCACCACUUGCCUCUGUGGAUCUGACUGGGCCUGGGUGAAGAUGUGCUCUUCCCUUCAGCAGGGCACUGCAGCAGCUCUCCUGGCCUGGUGUCUGUCACCUGCUCUGGCUGUAACCAAAACAUGCUGAUGGCCUUGAGGAUGAGGUGAAGGAGCCAGGCCCUGUCAGAUUGGGCUGCUCUUCUACCACAAAUAAACAAACAGAAGGAGAAAUGGCUCUGUCCUCUUG